AUUCGUUUUCCAUUUACUUCUGUGGCAGUAACAAUGUUGACUCGUUUCAGCUGCGAGUAAGAUUUCCAGUGAUAGAAAACACAUGGAAACUCGUAUAAAAGGCUGAUAUAACGCUUUUUCUACCAUUAGUUUUUUUAAGGAGUCAUAGGGCGUCAGUUUCGAAAUAUCGGAGUUUCUGCCCGACUGACGAUUGAGGUACUUUUAAAUUAAAGCCAAAUUAUGACAUCACCGGAAAUACACGAGCUUCCCAUUCCUCUGAGAAUUGUGCCACGUGAGUAACCACUUCUUCUCGACUGGUAGUAAGUUGUUAGAUGCCAACAUAUAUUUCUUUGAUUGAGUAAUCUCAUCACACAGAUGAUACCUCCCGCACGAGAGUUGCUGCCUUUGACUGAACAGCAGUUUGCAAACGAUAAAAACAAGUAUUAAUUUCUGGAUUUUAUUUUAAAGUUCUUUUUAACUUUCUUCAGUUGUGUCAAUUUCACAUUUACAGUUACUUAUUUCAAAAAAAACAAACAAACCCGUAUUUGAUUGCUUGGAAGAAAGAGCCAUGGGAAAGGACCACGAUCUGCUUAAGUACGUUAAACACAACGAUAUCGAUAAAACUCAGAAACUUUUGACCUGCUGCAGAAAACACCUUUCUGUUGCUGGUAAAUCGGGCAAAGAAACAGGGGCUCUUCAUAAAGAACGCGAAUUACUACUAGACCUUCAAACCAAGGAAAAGGUCACUCACGUGAAUAUUAACUGCCACGAGCCUAGCACAGGAUCAACUCCACUCAUCUUGGCUGUACUGAACGGCAACCGUGAUCUAGUCAUGCUACUCCUUCACUUUGGUGCUGAUGUUAAUGCUACCGAUUCCAAAGGGAACACAGCUCUCCAUAUUGCCACAUUUGGCGGUAGAUCGGACAUUGUAGAAAUUCUAAUCGAAAACGGAGCAGAGCUGGAUACUGUUAACCAGGAUAAGAACACCCCGACUCAUGUCGCCUGUCAAAACUGUACAGAUGGAAAUAAGUUCGUUCUACUGAAAUUAUUGAGGGCUAUUCCCGAUGUUCUACUUGAGAACAAAGAAGGACAAACACCCUUUGACUUGGCAGCUCAGUACAGCAGAAUUGACGCCGUAGCUCUGUUGCUGGACUAUGAACCGUCUUUUCGCAAAGCUAACCGUGCAUUUGUGGAUGCCUGUAUCCGAGGCCAUAAAGAAGUCGUCCAGCUAAUGUUAGAUCACGGAAUGUAUCCCAGCCACGUCGAUCCAGAUCUUGGAACUUCUGGUCUGCACGAAGCCUGUAGAUAUUUAAGGUACGACGUCACUGCUCUACUAAUACAAUAUGGCGGGGACCCAACAAAACUAAACAGCAAUCAAGAGACGCCAAAAACUAUUUUGAAAAAUUAUCCAUCAAAUAAAACAGACCGUUUUCUAAAACUUCUUAACGAGUGGAAGGAUAAGCCGAAACUUAAGCCGAAAUAUCUUGAUGUGAUUUCAGCCAAUGAAAAAGGUCUUUAUCCUUUAUUGAAGACUGUACAGGAGUGGACUCUCUGUCAUCCUAGCUACUGCAGCGUUUGGUCAUCAGCUUACCCUCAUACAAACCUACUUGAUGGGGAUCCAUCCUCUAUCUGGAUAACACCAAGUAACCAGUCCUCGUGGGUUGUAUUUGACUUGGGUCGCUCCUUUACUUUGUCCGGUGUUGGUAUUAUUGGAUGGGAUAGUGACCAAAUGGCAAGAAGAUGUUUGCUGCAGAAAGCAGAAGACAUAGAAGGUCCAUGGUUCACCGUGAGAAUGUUACAUUGUCAAAGAAUAGGUUCGACAGAGCCUACAGAACCAGGAGUACUUCAACAGUUCCAUGGAUUCCUGGAUUCAGCACAGUAUUGGAGACUAUUUAUUAAAGAUAACCACGGUGCGUCAUUUACUUCACUUCAUGGGGUCCAAUUCUAUGGAGUGGAAUCGUCAUUUCUGGACUUCUUAGAAGAUCUUCAUAUGGACUAUCUAGCUUCAACUCUUACAGGAAAGGGAUACUGUAACGAGGAAGCACUAAAGUAUCUUACAAAAUCUGACAUUGAUGAGAUGAUCACUGACCCUGAAGACGGGAUAAAGUUGUGGAACGCUAUUCACCGUGAGAAAAACGAUAACGAUUCUUUACCGAGGCGACAGAGUGCGUUAGACGCUGUGUUUUCAGAACUGGAGUCAAUGUUAAUUAGUUAGGAUUAUUCAGGUUCAUAUUGUGAAUAAUUAACUUUCAUUCCUAAACGUCCAUGAUUUGUGAAAAGUUUAAAGACACAUAAGAAGAAUGAUAAAAGCUGCACACAGGGAAUUUCAUGCAGUAAUUCAAUGAUCUACAGCCAGUCGUGGUUUGGGUUUUACAUAGUUUAGUCGUAAACUUUCAUUGCUUUUUAUUAUCGGUAUCGUUCAGACUUUUGUUGAACAUCUGCAUCACAGUGAAGACAACAGAUGUUCAGCUUUCGAACUUUCAGAUGACAAGCUGAAUUGAUGAACAUUUGUAACGCAUUGGAGGCAAAAAAAUGUUCCACUUUCGAAUUUCCAAAUGUCUCGGAGGAUUGUUCAACGAUUUCGUGAAACACUGGUUGCCCACUUGUAGACACGAACUCUUGGCAUGUUAUCUUAGGCUACAAAAAUGUGUAUUAGGUGUAUAUUAUAUAACACAAAGGUGAUAUAAAUGCUACUCUAAUAACUUGAAAAAUAUUUCAAAAUUUAGAUAAAAACCCUUAUUGAUAAUUUUUUCUACUAUUGUAAAAUGACAUUUUUAAAUCGUACUAUUAUGUUCGAAACUUAAAGACCCUUUGUUAGGGAGCUAAUAUAAAUAUGUUCUAUCUAUAAAUAGGCCGUAUGUGUAUCAAUAUGUUUAUUCAAUUAUAUGAUUUCAAUAAUGGAUUUAUGGAACCUGAAGUAACGUCGAGAUUUAAAUGGCAUCAUAAACAUGGCUGCCGGAUUUACAUGAUCUGGAUUAGCUUUGGUUCUUUUAGAACUCAACGAAACGAUCUCAAUUUUUAUGGCAAAAACCCCUUCUAUUACAUAUGAUUAUGUAUAUGUAUUUUGUGUAACAAAUAAUGCAAAUAAUAUUAUACUCGAAGGCUUUUCAAAUCGCA